AUGUGUCAAGUUUUGUUAAUCCUGACAGCACUCGCUCUACUGGGCCUUACAGCACAGGGAGGUCACUCCAACCCUUCAUCUCCGCACUCACCUGCACGAAAACGACCAAGACUGGACCUGAACAAACUGCCAAAUGAACAGCAGAAUACUCUUGAAGAUUCUUUUGGGCAACCAAUGUACCAAAACGUACCGUUAGAUGGUGUUCAAGGUGCAAGUACUACAAGUCAAGUUGGACAGGUACCAUUGAAUAAACAGCUUGAUCCUAAAGCAGCUCACAGGUAUAGAACGGCAAGGUGGUAUGCAGGCCUGACUCCUGAACAAAAAAAGGAAAGGCAACGCCGAAAUGCGGAGAGAGCGAAAAUAAGGUUUGCCAAUAUGCCAGACGAAAAGAAAAUCGAAUACAGAAAGCGCAGGAACAAAGACCUGAUCAAUUUUCGAUCUAAGAAGACACCAGAAGAAUUACGACUUAUGGCCAGCAAGCACAUGAAGACAUAUCGUGCAAAACGGAAAUUAAAGAAAUUACAGCAGCCUAAUCCGCCACACAAUCCACACUGA